GGGGAUGAUCCCCGGAUCGCUGCCGCUGGGAGACAUCCGCAUGGGCCUGUGCGUGCCGCGGUCUUGCGAGGCCGCCACGCUGCAGGCCGCCCUCCAGGCCGGCCUCGACCCCAGCGUCCGCGUCCUCGUGCGCCCGGAGAACUGCCAGGAGCACGUGACCCAGGCCUCCAUCUCGCCCGCCGCGACCCUCUUCUGGUGCCUGGUCGUCGCACUCACCGCCGUGACCGUGGCCGCGCCGGCCUUGGGGUGGAGCUCCUGGGACUGGAGCAGGCACGUGCGCACGCUCGCCCAGCCCGACCCGUUGGUGUCGGGGAUCGACCUCAGCCCGCUGUCGGGCAUCCGGAGCAUCAACGCCAUGUACCUCGUGGCGCUGCACCGAGGGCUGCACGCGGCCCGCGUGGCCACCUCCAACAGGGAGUACUUGACGUCCUGGGCACGCUCCCGCAUGGAGUACGCGGUGCUCUACCGCGGCGCCCUAGGGGUGGACACCUUCUUCUUCCUGGCCGGGCUGCUCCUCGCCGCCACCUCGACGGCCGACCGGAAGUCCUCCUUCUCCAAGUCCAUGUUCAAUAGGGUCCUGAGGGUGGGGCCCGUGUACGCCAUCGUAGUGCUGUUCCACUGCACCGCCCUCCCCGAGAUGGGCGCGGGUCCGCUGUGGGUCGAGGUGGCCCAGCCGAUGGCUGAGUCCUGCAGGAAGUGGUGGUGGUCCAACCUCCUGUUCCUCAACAACUACGUCAACGGCGGGACGGCCGAACCGCUGUGCAUGGAGCACUCCUGGUCGCUGGCGGUGGACAUGCACAUGUUCGUGGUGGGGACGCUGCUGCUGGGCCGGCUGCCUUCCGGACUGCGCGGCGUGGCGUUGCUGCUGGUGCUGGCCGCGCUCGCCACCGUGCCGCUGGCCGCGGCCACCCUGCUGGGCGAGUGGCCCGGGACGGUGGCGUGGACGCUGCGCACGCUGCAGGGCAUGUGGGCCGAGCCGCUGAUCCACCAGGCCUACAUGCCGACGCACAUGCGCACCGCGCCCUACCUGCUCGGGCUCGCCGCCGGGAAGGCCCUGCCCAUGCUCAAGGACGCGGGCUUCAGGCCCGGGCGGGCGGUGACGCUCCUCGCGACGGCGGCGAGCCUGGCCGCCAUGUCGGCCGUCAUGUGCUUCAGCGCGCUGUUCAACGACCUCCGCGCGCCCUACUCGGCCCUCGGCGCCGGGCUGUGCGCCGGACUCACCCCUUUAGCCUGGGCCGGCGCCCUCGGCGUCCUCGUCACCGUCACCGUCUUGGGGGAACCGACUGCGGUGCACUCCCUGCUGACCUGGCAGCCGCUCGUGUCGCUGAGCCGCCUCACCUUCGCCGUCUACCUCGUGUCCUACCCGCUGCAGGCUCUGCUCACCGCGGCCAAGAGGGACGCCGUCCGCAUCACCCCGCUCACCAUCGCAAGAGACGCGCUCAGUGACAACGUCAUUUCAUUUGCCGUAAGUUUCUGGCUGUUCGUCGUCUUGGAGGCUCCUAUCCGUUCUUUGGCAAAGAAAGCUCUGGCCAGAAUGGAUGGUUCGUCCAAAUCCCAAACCAAAACUGAAUCGAACAAAAAGUCAGACUGAAGCCCAGAAGGAAUGACCGUCAUUUGGCGUGCUUUUCGUGGACUACUAUCCUAGUGCGGUUAAUGGUUCGUCAUGAAUACCAGUCCGACCCCACAAAGUCAUUUUAUGUUACUAUUUAAAUUAUGUUUAUUUAUGUUUAGUGUAAGUGUUCUAAGGUGUCAUCGGCCGAAAAAAAAAUGUAUACAUGAAGACUCACAAUAAAGAGGAUUUUAAUAAUA